UGUGCCCUCAACUUGUUUUUUUUUUCCCCUUCUCCCUACCUCACUCCCUCCAGGUGCAGCCGCGUCGUGUCUCUCUCCUCUACACAACAGCCAGCGAGUUGCUCGUUCCUUUUGCAUCUGCAUUUGCACCGCACCGUCGAUCUCGCAGCUGAAGAAAAUCGUACAAGCCGCUACCGAGCGUGUUUGUUUGCCCCUCCAACGGUUUUUGCUGGGUAGUCUCGAUACCGCCUCGGCGAUUGGAUCCUUACGCGCAAUUCUCUCUACGCCGCGUGUUUCCAACGGGCUAUCCCUCUCAGGCAUCUGCGCAAUACUCUGUUCUGUUCUUCUAUCCUGUCAUCCUUCGUGAACACUCUUCACCAUGUCUGUCGUGUCACUUCUUGGGGUCAAGGUGGUCAACAACCCCGCCAAGUUCACCGACAAGUACGAGUUCGAGAUUACAUUCGAAUGCCUCGAGCCGCUUGAGAAGGAUCUCGAAUGGAAGCUGACCUAUGUCGGAUCUGCCACCUCGGACCAGUACGACCAAGAGCUUGACUCCCUUCUCGUCGGCCCCAUCCCCGUGGGAGUCAACAAGUUCCUCUUCGAGGCUGAUGCUCCCAACACCUCGCGCAUCCCCGACGCCGACAUUCUGGGCGUCACGGUCGUGCUCUUGACAUGCGCCUACGACGGACGCGAGUUCGUGCGAGUUGGAUACUAUGUCAACAACGAGUACGAUUCGGAGGAGCUCAAUGCAGAGCCCCCGACGAAGCCAAUCAUUGAGCGAGUGAGGCGCAACGUCCUCGCUGAGAAGCCGCGUGUGACCCGUUUCGCCAUCAAAUGGGAUUCCGAGGCCUCUGCACCUCCCGAAUUCCCCCCUGAGCAGCCCGAGGCAGACCUGGUCGCGGACGAGGAAGAAUACGGCGCUGACGAGGCCGAGGAGGAGGCUGCUGAGGAAGCAGCGGCCGCCAAGAAGGGCGAGGACGCGGAAAUGGCCGGCGUCGAGAGCGAGCACCAGAACGGACACGAUCACGAGGAAGAGGAGAUGUCCGAGGAUGGUAGCGUCGACAUUGAGGGCGAGAGUGAGGACGAGCUUGAGGACGAAGAAGAGGGCGAGGGUGAGGCUGAGGGCGAUGACGAUGCUAUGGAAGUCGACGAUGCCGACAAGCACGCUGCUCACCAACCCGUGACAGUCAUGUCUUGAUUGACGCCAAGUCUCAACCUGAGUCAGGUUUCUCCCACCGGGGUGCGCAGGCGCUGAGCAUAUACCUCACGUGCUGCACCUUCCGGACGGGCGAUGGUAUAACGAAAAUACGACGGAUGGGAUGGCACCGGUUUCGGCGGGAGGGGCGGACUGGCGGACUGGAGGAUAUAGGCGGCUCGGUGUCAUUGGUGAUAUCUUACCCUUGCUCUCUUAUGGCAGGAAAAAUACUAGUAUAUGACGGA